AUGUUUACUGUGAUUGAUGACAAUCAAACUAGCGAUCAAUAUGAUGACUAUGGCCAUAAUGACAGCGGUGAUGAUAAAAAGAACAGUAUUUGGGAAGAAUGGAAGCAAUUUCUUGACGACCAGGAAAAUAUGAAUUGUUUUAUGCAACUGAGCCCCGAAAGGCAUAGAGUGAUUUGGUGUGGAAAGCUAGUUCAACGGAGAAGCUGUCUACCUUCUGAACUAUAUGACAAGCUAAACCAGAAAUUACCAUUAGUCACGAUGCAGGAUAUAAACCCAUGUCUUGCCGAGAUGUCCAACGCUGUAUUCGAUGCGGUAUGUCGUUAUCAGCGAUGGAGUUAG